AUGGAUAGCCGAUCCACGAAGUAUCGCUCGCUUGAUUCCAAGGGUGCUAUAUCACCCCCCCGGAGUCGGGACAGGCAUAACUCAAGUGCAUCAGUCGACAGCCGGUGGAGAGAUCAGCAUCCCCGGCGACCGUCGACCGCGUCCAGACCAUCUGAUGUGGGCCAUCGCGCUUCCAAAUCCGGUUCUCGUGAUGUUGGCCGGACUUCGCCCGACCAAAGGACUACAACAAGACUCCCUGGCCCACACUCUGCCUCUGCACAAUCCUCGGGGGCUAAGCCAGCGAACAAGACAAGCUACACCGGUUUGAAGUCCUCCAUCAACCUCUUGGUUGUAGGCUCCCCAAGCUGCGGCAAGACUUCUUUCAUCAAGAGCGUGGUAUCCGAACGUGGCUCGUCCUCUUCUACUCCAGUCAUUGUCAAAGACCAACCCUACAGGGUACACUUCACCGAGUUGUCGCUCGAAGAAGUCGAUUCCAGUAGCGGACGAAGGAUAGAAUGGCCUCGUUACGUCAAUGGCAUCCCAUUUCCUGAAAUUGAUGGAGUAUUUUGUCUAUAUGACGUAUCCGACAAGGAAAGCGUCGCCGACGUCCCUACAGCGUUGGUUUCCAUGACUAACAGUGGGCUGCCUUGUAUGCUGCUUGCUUCUAAAUGCGACGUCAUGCAAGAGUCUCGUCAGAUCAACCCCAAGUUUCAUGACCAAAUUCGCCGUAAUCUCGCCAACGUGGCUAUAGCCGAAAUAUCCAUCAAGUCUCCCGAGAGUGCCAGACUCUGUCUCCUGGCAAUGCUCGAUAGAGUUCUUGCCUCCCCCCGAGUUCGGACGAGUGCAUCAUCUAAUGCCUCAUCCCAAUCCGUGGGCAGCCAGCGUGUUGUUUCCAGGGAUACGUCACCGAGGAACAGCAGAAGCCGGAGCAGAUCCAACAGCCGCUUACAGAGUUCAAAGUCCAAGGAGCUGCUAUUGAAUCUUUCCGUCCGUCCAGCUGUCAUUGAGUCAGCCAAUGAACUGGAAGAUGUAGUUUCCCCGGUUAGAAAGACCAAGCUUCGACUGGACACUUCAGCAGCUUCUAGGCCUCACCGUCAGCCCGCAGAGCCACAUACACCAGUAUCAUCAGGCGAUUAUACCAACAAGCUGGUGUCACCGCCGGGGCCAUCUACAACAGCUAUCCCCGAAACCCCUGACUCUUACUAUGUGAAGUCAAUGCUUCGCCCAUCUUCAGUCGAGACUCCCGACAAUCGAGCCUAUCAGACAUUCCUCAAUAUGGACGAAGAUCCAAACGAGUUCUCUCCGCGUACCGAAGGCAAUAGUCCGGCCGCAGCUCGGACCAACUCUUUGAUCAAGGUGACAUUGGAAGACAACAAGCAAGAAGCUGGCAUACCAUUUCCCGAACUUGUAGAGAAGCUGCUGAUAUUGCCUGCAAACAAGACGGACUCAAAAUUUGUCCCAUCGUUCCUAUGUCUGUACCGUGCGUUUGCUACUCCACGACAACUCCUCGUGGCCAUCAUCGACCAGUUCAUGAAGAUCGAGCAAAGCAAAAUGGUGCAUUUCACCAAAGUCGCCGAAAUGCUGCGGUAUCUUCAAGUAUUGGGUCAAUGGACCGCGAACUAUCCAGGCGAUUUCGCUCCCGGACCGGCUCGUGACAUUGCUGUCCCUUUUGUGCAAAGCAUUGAAAAGAGCAAAAUCUUUGCCCCUGCUGCACGGGAGAUUAGCAACAAUCUGGACACGAUUGUUGCCGAUGAAGACACAGACUGGGCGUACGCGGACAGGGCAAGUGCCUCCGGUGGGCAAGGCAGAAAGGAAUCAUCCUCUUCAACCUCUCUAUCCAAACUUGCCCAGAAGUCUCCACGGAAUGGCAGCGACAGCGAGGAUGAUGGCGAAUCUUCUGCACGCGGAUCGAAUGCUGUUUCGUCUUCAUCAAGCCUGCCCAAAUCCAACAACACAUCCAGCCAGUCAUACACGAACUACAUGCAGUUGCAAAAUGCAAGAAUACAAGCCGAAAAGUAUAAAGUCAUGGCACAGAUCCGCCUCAGCAAAUUUCAAUGGCACCAAUUCAUGGAGAUCCCUGUCGAAGAGCUCGCACUGGAAAUCACCCGCAUUGACUGGACCAUGUUUUCUGCAAUCAGGCCUCGGGAUUUUGUACGGCAUGUCUGGCUCUCCACCAAAGAGAAGAGGCGUUCACGUUCUGGUGACAACAUCAGCGCCAUGGUCAAACAUUUCAAUCACCUGGCGUUGUUUGUUUCCGGCAUGAUACUAUUGAGAGACAAACCGAAACAUCGAGCAAGAGUUCUGGAGCGGUUUAUGGCACUGGCGUGGAAAGUGCGGCAAUUGAACAACUACAAUUCUCUAGGUGCAAUCGUGGCUGGGAUCACCGGCCAUGAAGUUGCUCGCCUCGGUGCCACACGUGAGCUGAUAUCUCCAGAGGUUCAGAAGCAAUUCCUGCGAUUGACCAUUCUGAUGGGGCUCUCGAAAUCGCACGCCGCGUAUCGAAUGGCAUGGGAAAAUUCGGCUCAUGAACGCAUCCCUUUCCUCCCGCUGGUGCGACAAGAUCUCACCAUGGCCGCUUCUGCGAAUCCAACGUUCAUCGGCACUAACGUCAAUUGGAGGAAGUUCGAGAUCAUGGGGGAGGUGAUCGUAGGACUCCAGAAAACCCUGGAGGAACCAUAUGUCUUCCCACAACGAACCUCUCGCACUGAGGAAACGAUCAAAUUGGUGUUGGAAACCAAGAUUGUGGAGGAACGUGAGGACUCUGCGGAUCCUCGCAGUGAGUUGUACGAUCGAAGUCUACAGGUUGAACCUCAGACGGGAGUUGACACUAAGAAAAAGUUUGAUUGGCUCCGGCGUUGA